UGACCGGUGAGAGGUCACAGUGCACGCUCGGGUCGUGUUGUGCUUUUAGCUAGUGUUCUUUUCGCUAGCUGGGACUCGUGAUGUUAUGGCUUUUCUUAGUUUGUUCGUGAGAAGGCAGUUGCCGCAGGCCGUGUCCCACUUUGUCCGGAACGUGAAGCUGGUCCGGCCCGCCUGCGCCGGAGCCCCGCUGCGGAGGCUGCACGGCUCGUCCCGGCUGCGGCUCGGAGACAAGGGGCCGUGGGUGAAGAGCAGGGGGCCGGAGCAGCAGCAGUACCAGCUCACAGACCUCGACAAGGCCGACGCUUUGAUGCUGAGAAAGUCCCACGAGACAGGAUUCCUCUCGUGGUUCAGAAACGGUCUGCUAGCGACUGGGAUCGGAGUCAUCGCAUUUGUCCAGAGCGAAGUGGGACGAGAAGCAGGAUAUGCCUUCUUUAUCCUGGGAGGUGUGUGUGUGUCGUUUGGCGGCGCCUCGUACAUUGGCAGCCUUUUUACCUUGCGGAGGAUGAUGCUGUUGUCUGUGCCAGCGCUGCUGCUCCAGAGCGCCACGGUGUGCAGCGUCGCCCUCUUCUGGCUCUGUGCGGUAUCUCUCUACAUCGGACGCCUGGAGGUGGAGAUCAUCCACGAGGGGGAGGAGGAAGAGGAUGAAGAUGAGUGCCGAGAGUGCCGCGAGAGGCGGGAACACCGGGGUUACCGGGGCUCCCACGACAGCAGACAUCAAGACGGUGAGGACGGUGAUGGCAAGGGGCCGAACAAGUAGACAUCUAGUCAGACUCCAGGGAUGUAAAGGAUGCAUGUGUGGCUUUGAUUCAGAGCUUCCCUUAUCUGUAUGUAUGUGUGUGUGUGUGUGUGUGUAAGAAGCCUACGUGUUCAUGUGUAGGCGGUGAAUCUAUAAUGAUACAGACUUAUUGUUAUGUUGAUGUGUAAAUGAUUGUUUAGCUGAAGAACUUUUGGACCUUUUGGAAAACUGGUCAAAAGAUACUGAAUAUUUGGUAGUUUGACUACACUUUUGGGGAAUAAAUCAGCCUUUUUUAUAAGAGUUCUUAGAUAUAUUCAAAGCUGCUUCUCUUACAUUUUCAAACUGAAAAUGAUAUUGACUUAUGAGACACACUGCAACGACUCACUGAGAGCAUCAUUUCUGUUAAUAUGUGUUUAGUUUUCACUGCACUCUGCAAUCAUUUUUAGGCCAUUUAUGUUAUCUUGUUCAACAUAAACUGAUUGACUUGAAUUUGUCUUAUUUUUCAAAUAAAACAAGCUGGUUGUGAAAUGCUAGAAAGAAUGUUCAUAAACUAUGUGCUUCAGGGUUGUGUGUUUAUUUUAA